UGAAAGAGAGAGAAUGAAUGAUCUUAUAUAUAAUGACGAUUUUCUAUAUGCUUAGCUAAGGCUGGUCAAACGAAGCCUUCUGAUAAACGGUUGGUAUCUCUCAUAGCGGAAGGACUUUGAGAGAGAAAAAAGCGAGGGAAGUUUCUCAGCAAGCACAUUCCGAAGUUCGAAUUCAGGAUGAAGGCUCUUAUUCUUGUUGGUGGAUUUGGAACUCGGUUGAGGCCAUUGACCCUCAGCGUCCCAAAGCCACUUGUUGAUUUUGCUAACAAGCCUAUGAUUCUUCAUCAGAUUGAGGCGCUCAAGGCUAUUGGCGUGACUGAAGUCGUAUUAGCAAUCAAUUACCAGCCAGAGAUUAUGCUGAACUUCUUGAAGGAGUUUGAGGCAAAGCUUGGAAUCACGAUUACAUGCUCACAGGAGACUGAACCACUUGGAACUGCCGGUCCUCUUGCUCUGGCUAGGGACAAACUGUUGGAUGAAUCUGGUGAUCCAUUUUUCGUUCUUAACAGUGAUGUCAUAAGCGAAUACCCUCUAAAAGAGAUGAUAGAAUUCCACAAGUCACAUGGAGGGGAGGCUUCUAUUAUGGUGACCAAGGUGGACGAGCCAUCCAAAUAUGGUGUGGUUGUGAUGGAAGAAGGAACAGGGAAGGUUGAGAGAUUCGUGGAGAAACCAAAAUUAUUCGUGGGAAACAAGAUCAAUGCUGGGAUAUACUUGUUGAACCCGUCUGUUCUUGACCGAAUUCAACUGAGGCCAACUUCAAUUGAAAAAGAAGUAUUCCCUCAAAUUGCUGCAGAAGAAAAGCUGUUUGGCAUGGUUUUACCCGGGUUCUGGAUGGACAUUGGUCAGCCGAGGGAUUACAUAACUGGGUUAAGACUCUAUCUAGACUCCCUAAGAAAGAACUCAUCAUCUAAGCUAGCCAGUGGCGCCCACAUAGUGGGCAACGUUAUAGUGGACGAGACGGCUAGAAUUGGGGAAGGAUGUUUGAUUGGUCCGGACGUAGCAAUUGGACCGGGGUGCAUUGUGGAAUCGGGAGUGAGACUCUCUCGAUGCACUGUGAUGAGGGGAGUACGGGUGAAGAAACACGCGUGCAUAUCCGGGAGUAUUGUUGGGUGGCACUCGACCGUUGGGCAGUGGGCUAGAAUUGAGAAUAUGACUAUCCUGGGAGAAGAUGUUCAUGUGUGUGAUGAAAUUUAUAGUAAUGGUGGUGUGGUUCUUCCUCAUAAGGAGAUCAAAUCUAGCAUCUUGAAACCGGAGAUUGUAAUGUGAAGAAACAACCCAACUAGAGUCUCUAUCAAAUCUCUGCAGUAGUAUCUUUCCCUUUUAAAGAAAUGUUUCUGUAUUGUGUAAAAGCAUGGUUUGUAUACUGGCUUUCAUUAUUUGAGUCUUUGAGAUGGAGAUCUAGUAUUUAUUGGUUAAUGGGUUGCAUAUUUGUAUCUUAAUUAUAUUCUUAAUAAAAUUUGUCCAAUUCUCAAU